CACGUGAAGUGGUGCGUCCUUCCACAACUCUCGAAAAUGUCGACCCUCGACCACGGCUAAAUCCGCGUGUAAAGUCUAUUCUUUCAUCGAAAUCACGACCUUUCGGUCACGAAACAAAAGUCAAAGACGCAGGAGGGACGACCAUUGUAAAAAGUUUACGUGACGAGUGUUGUUUAUGUUACGUUAAUUGCAAGUGCUUCGUUUAACAGUCUUCUCAUACAGUUACCUCUUAUACAGCUGUUUCGUACGACGUUUUCCAUAUUGUUACUUGCAAGUACGACAAGACAUUGCAAGUAUUGCUCGUUGUUUUAAUAGUUUUAUCGAUUUUGUUAGCGAAUCAUUCAGACGUGGUUCUUCACUGUAACUGAAAUCAGGGUUCUUCGAGGAAGAACGUGAUUCACGUAAAGUGCACGUUAUUGCGUGUAUGAAUUACUUUACGCGGGAAAAAGUAUUCUCGAAGGAUGUGUUAAAUGAACGAUCGAUGGACAACCGCGCAAAAGCAUGUAUUGCUUCAUGAUUUUGCGGUACUGAAUGACUCUGCGAUCAGAAUGCCCUUUGCAGGACAAUGGUGCAAAGUAUGGAUUUAUUUCGGAUUCGUUUUCGCGUGGGCAAAGGGUGCGCGUCCACGCUUUGAUACCUCCACGGACAUGGGAUUAGUUCUAGUUCCAGCGGAUGCUGAAGUAGAUUCUGUCAUUUUUCGACUUCGCGCCACUGACCAGGAUGCAGAUUUCCCACUUGUUUUUGAAAUAACUGCUACCAUCACACCUGUUGUAAGGAUCGACAACCUGCCGUGCACGUUGUAUAACAAAGUGUGUCAAGCUAAUGUAAUACUAACGAAACGGCUAAUGCCCGGCCGCCUUCACGAUUUUGCUGUUAGGGUUAGGGACACGAAAGGAGAUUCGAACUCGAUGCAAGCUACUAUUUCUGUUACGAACGCAACCACCCUUCGUGAUAAAAUAUUCCCGCACAUACCCUCCCUGAUAAUGGUACCCGAGGAUACUAAACCAGGUAAAGAAUUAGAUUAUCUUUUAGUAAGAGCUAAUUCUUGGAGUGGAAAACCCGUUUAUAUCGAACUCUGGCAACCAAAAGAACUUUUCACUAUAAGACAGCGGCAGACACCCACGCAAACACGAGGAAUAAUUACACUAACCGGAGAAUUAGAUUUCGAAACGCAAUCCAUGUACACUCUUACUAUGUAUGCUACGGAUCCCUAUACGGAGCAGGGAAAAGAUACUAGAAAUAUUGCAGGCUUAAGCGUUGUUGUGAUAGUUCAAGAUGUUCAAGAUGUUCCUCCAAUUUUUACGCUAGCCCCUCCCCUCACAAGGAUUAACAAUUCUGUACAACCAGGCGAUAUAAUACUACGAGUGCACGCAGAAGACGGAGAUAAAGGUGUACCGCGUGAAAUCGUGUACGGUCUCGUAUCUGAAGGCAACCCCUUUACCCCAUUUUUUAACAUCUCCGAAACAAAUGGUGAAAUUACACUUGCCAAACCAUUGGAGGAACUUACCCAAAUUACGCACGUUGGAGCACCCGUUGUACUUACGGUGGUUGCUGAAGAAAUAAGAAGAAGCAGAGAAGAACCUCCUGCCCAAGCCACAGUCGUUGACGUUGGCUUUCUUCUUGGAGAGCCGGGAAAUAGUCCACCAUACUUCGAGAGCGAUAAUUACGUUGCCACGAUAGACGAAAAUCCUGAGCCAGGGACUGUGAUAAAUUUUGGUGAACAAUAUUCAGCCAGAGUGAAAGACGAAGAUAUUGGAAAAGCUGGGGUGUUUGCGUUAAAGUUGGAAAAUAACAAUAAUACGUUUGAAAUAAAUCCGACGGUUGCAGAACGCAACGCAGACUUUAUUAUAACCGUUCGAGAUAACACAUUCAUCGAUUAUGAAUUAUACAAAGUUUUAUCGUUCAAGAUUGUAGCUCAGGAAGUUGGUCCAGCCACGAAUCUGUCAGCGUCAGUGCCAGCUACAAUAUUUUUAAGAGAUAUAAACGAUAAUCCGCCAAUAUUUGACGAACAAUCAUACGAGGUAACGUUAUCUGAAAACGUAACUGCCGGCUCACGAGUGAUUCAGGUGCACGCAACUGACAAAGAUACAGGUGUUUAUGGCAGUAUCCGAUAUACCGGUAUAACAGGAGAAGGCAGUCAAGCUUUCACUAUGGAUUCAGACACUGGAUUAAUAACUGUCGCUAUGGGCUCUUCCUUAGAUCGUGAAGUUGCAGCAAGACUUGUAUUAACCGUUGAAGCUCGGGAUGAAAAUGGCAAUGGCAACAGUGGCAUUGUUCCUUUAAUAGUUAAUCUACUUGACGUGAAUGAUAAUGCACCAAUAUUUGAAAAGGACGUUUACGAGUUUAUGUUGAACUCUGAUCUAACUAAUUUUACAUCACCAGCUUUGAUAAAGGCGAUUGACGCUGACGCAGAGCCACCCAACAAUGUAGUUAGAUACGAAUUAGUUUACGGAAACUACGGGAAGAAGUUCGAUUUAAACGAAACGAGCGGUGAAUUAAUACUUCUGUUGCCGAUUACGAAAUUCAGACAAAAGAAACAGAGCGCAUACGAGAAAUUUUCGAAGAAAGCUAAAACGAAAUUUGUCAAUAGUCAAGAAGAGACACGAAACGAUUUCUUAAUGGUGACUAGAAAUGUUGAGGAGAAUGAAUCUACGAGGAUUAACUUGGGAAAUUUAACGAAGGAAAUGUCGACGGAAGUUAUAAAGAAACGACGAAAACGAGCUGACGACGAUGCACUGUACACUCUCACUGCCAGAGCAUACGAUCUAGGUGUACCGCAUCUUUCGAGUACAACAAAAAUUCGGAUCCUCAGUGGAAUCGCAAUGGAAGCACGCAUAAUGAUGUUCGUGGUGCCAGGAGAACAGCCGAACUCAACGAAAACUGCUGAAACUUUAGCUGCUAUUACAGGUGGUCGAGUGACUGUGUUAGAGACGCGACCUUAUAUUCAACGGAAUGAUACUGGAAGUACAGGGAUUCUUCCUGGAGGAGGAAAAAAGAGUAUUAUCGUGGCUCGCGUCGAGCAAACGGAACCAGGUACGUCUUUGGUAGAUGUAGAAAAGAUUCGAGAAGCUUUAGCUGCAAAUGGAGUCGGAAUCAUUGCUGGAAACGCGAUUAUGAACACGAGUAUACAUAUCGACAAUACAAACGUUCCUGUUGAUGGAACUCCACAUCAUACAAAUGUCAAUGAUGGUCAAACGACUCUUGUUAACAAUACUAUUGCUACUGCUCCAAGCGAAGAAGUGACGGUGUACAAAGCAGAAAAUAAAUUAUUAUUCUGGCUUCUGAUAAUCCUGGUGUUACUUAUACUUUUGGCCAUUGCCGCGUUAAUUAUCUGCUGCAUAUGUCCUGGCUGUCCUUUUUAUAUGGCACCCAGAAAAAGACGAGUACAUUCGUCGGAAACAUUGGUCGUACGAUCAGAUGGAAGACCAAAACGACAUCUUCAUCGGCAGCCUGCGGUAGCUACCGAAGUAUCGUGGAAUGGAAGGAAACAGGCGUGGAGUGCUGAUCCAACAAGAAGAAAUUGGCAAUUCAAUAGAAGAAACGUAAAGAAUUGUUCGCUUCCUGGCGACGUUGCUUACAUUUCUGGGCAACCAAACGACGUUCAAAUGAACCUUGAAGCUCAAAGAUUAAGAGAUGGACAUUCUUACGAUCACUCGAGGAAGGGCAGAAUAAAUGAACAAGAAAGAAUGUACAUGGAGGAUGUGGAGGAUCAAAAGGCAAGAGGUUAUCGUACUGCGGAAUUGGACUCUUUACAACGACAUGAAAUGGAAAGAGGUUCCGAUCUGCAACAUCAAGCUUAUAGGCAAAGAUUCGUGGAAGCCGACAUGAACGAAGAACCAACUGUCAGAGAGCAACAUUUCUUCCGCGAAGGAAACGCUGAAGUCUUACGGUUAGUGACACGAGGACAAGUGGAAGAUACGACAAGCCAUCUUCACCAACCUCAUCAUCACCGCCCAACAGCCUUGAUCGUAGAUGGCAAGGAUAUAAUUCUGCAAAGAUUCAUAGAAGACCAGAAGUCGAGGCACGAGUUGUCGAUGCAGGACAUCGAAGCCGCGCGUAGCAUGGAAUCGCAUCAACGAUCGAAAGAAGUAUGUCAGCAACAACAGCCAGAGAUAAUCCUGAUACCUGACAGGUUGGAUCUCGGUCAUAGGCAGCACAUCGAAGAGAUAGGACCUAACGUGCAGAGGCUAGUGAUCGAUCACGGUGACUAUGGUUCGCAAAAGAUAGACAAGGAAUCUCUAAGGGAAUCUCAAAUGAGAGAAACUAUGAGGCAAGAGAAGCAAGAGGCUGUUGCAAGUGGUGUUCCAAUUGCUGAAAGACCGCCGGCCGUUACCACAGAUCACGUUCAAGCAAAUAGCGGACAGUAUCCGUUUCACGACUUGGAGCUAGCAAGACAAAACGCGCUAUUGACUCGAUUACUACUCGAAAGAGAAAAUCGUCGUGCAGGAGCCGGUGGAGUGGAUUCCACAAGUUACUUAGAAACGCAAAGCCUUCCCGGACAAGUAGCGAUCGCCACUCAAACCGAUAGAACAGCGGCCACUCAAACGGAACGUCAGGUGAAAAGUAGAAGCGACAACGACGAAUCCGACGAAGAGUCAAGACACAGGAAAAAAUUGAAGUCUAGGAAGAAGUACGGCGAUGGAGAUUGGAAAAGGUCUAGGACUCUAUGGAUGAAGUCGCCGAUCGAAGAAGAAGUGAGCCCUUGUUUCGAUAAACGAUUGAGUAUUCUGAGGAAAAAAGUGAGGGAGGUGAAAGAAGGCAGGAAGAUUUCUCUGGAGCCGGAUGUGCUGAGGGAAAUCUCGGAUUCUUUGGAUGGAAACGGAAGUUCGUACAAAGGCGAAGAGGACGAAACGAUGCGGAGUUAUCAAAAAACCGAACGCACGAGUAUCAGUUAUAAGAUUCUGAACGAGAAGGAGACUGGCUCGCAAUCUUCCGAGGAGAUACGUAAGGAGAGGCACGAGAAAAGUUGCGAGGACGUGACUGACGAUCAAAAGAUGAACGUCACUGAGUCCACUUCCUCGCCAGAAAUAAAAGUUCAACGUGAAAAGUACGUCCGCGAGAAGGCAGACGGUAGAAGUCCGAAAAAGGAGGGAAAAUCGAAGACGCAGAAAAAAUCAGAUGGCGUGAUAAAGCCGAGUUUCAGGAUUCUUGAGAAAGAGUUUACAAUGCUAACGAAGAAGCUGAGCAAACUGGGUGACAAAAAAUUUCACGAGAGCACUGGCAGCGACAGCACGAGCCAGGAGAAGUCAGACUCGUUUGCGAAAGAGCCGAAGAAGGACUUGGAUCAGAAAAUCGCGAAGAAGAUGGAUUCCUCGAGUUCUCAGAAACAAGCAGCUGAAUGUACCGCGAGCUCGUUAAAGGCCGAACAGAAAGGAAAACAGAAGAAGGAGUCAGCCAUAGCUAAAACGAAACAAAAGCUGAAAUAUCAACAGAGUCAAGUGAUCAGUACGGGAAGUUCCGAGUUCGACGAUGCUCUUGACAAACCAAAGAAAUUUUGCGGAACUCGUCACGAAAGCGUGAAACAGAAGCAACCAAUUAGCACUCAAGGUCAUGCGAAAGUGAAACGUCAAACGCAUAUGGAGCGACGAGAACCUAAAAAGCAAAUGUCCGAAUUCCGAGACGAAGAAGUUGAGAAGCGAAAGGAAGCUCCCUCGAAGGAAACACCAAAGGCUGAAUUGAAGUCUGAGAGGAUUGGGAAAAUGAUGAUAAAAGCACCGAAACUGGGUACUAUAUCUCGUAAACAGAACAUCGCUGAAGAAACCAGUACCAGUACGGAAGAAAGAAGAGGAGGAAGAGAUGCGUUUACUCCAAGAGAUUUCGAAAAGAAAAGCAGUACAGAUUUUUCGGAAGGAGAUUCAAACGGCGUACAGCAACGCGUGGUAGAAAGGUUUCCAAAGAAGAUAAUUGAAAAAUUUAGCGACGACUUCGUUGAAGAACCGAAGAAAGAAAUCGUGGAACAACAAGCAACAAUUUCUAUGGGAGAAGAGCGGGAUACAACGAACGUAGAAAAACACAAGAUUGAUACAGAGAAGGAAUUAUGUAUUCCUGACACGAUACAGGUGUCAAAAAAUGGGAUGAAGUGGAUUCGAGAUACGUUUGAAGAACCUGCGAAACCUGAAGAACAUAUAAGUGCAAAGAAAUCGAUCGAUGAUUCUACGGCUCAUGCUAAAGAAGAAUUGAUUACAGGUUUUACGGCUAUUGAUAUGAUGGCUGCAACUAAGAAAGAAGAGCUCAGUGAAACUACCGUACGAGAUCGGCAAACUGAUAAAACUUCGUCUGAAAAAAAACCUAUGGAGAGUAUAAAAUAUGGCGAUACAGCUGAAAAAAAAGAAAGUACGCAGACAGAUAAAUCAACGAGCGAAGCUGAAAAAGGCAUAGCUGAACAUAUAAAGGAUAAAUUAGAAGAUUAUAAGGAAGAAGAUAAAUCAUUAGAUGAGUCCAAAGGGCAAAUUGAAAUGAAACCAUUGAGCGAGUUAGAAGAGCGGAAACAAGAUGAUAAAGAAGAUGAUAAAUACGAGUAUUUGGAGCAGAAAAUGAAAAAGCUGUCAAAAGAUGUUGGGGAAGAGAGUGUAGCUUUAAAAGAGCUUAAGAGGGCAGAAGUAGAAUAUAGAGCUGAAGGAAUUUCUACAGGAAAGGAAGAAGCAGAAAAAGAACUAGAAGUCGAAGUUGAUGCUCUUAAAGGAGAAGAUCGUAGUGAUCAAAUAGGUACAGUGCAAAAGAUCGAAGAACCAGUUGAGAAAUAUAUAAGAACUGAAAUGCCAAGUAAUGGACAGGACAAUGUGAGACAAGAUGUGGCAGAUGAAUCAAAAAUACGUGGGAAAGAAGACAAAACAGAUAAAACUAAUGGAGAAAAGGAAAAAUCAGUAAAAAAUGUAGAUGGUUCAAAAUUAGAUCACGCUACUAUCGAGGAGAAGGAAGGUUCGAUACAAGCAACAUCUAGUGACCAGGAGAAAAAAAAGAUCGCCUCAGACACAACCGAAAUUCCCCGUGAAAAAGAAACUACGUCAAUGAUCGAAACUUACGAUCGAAAGGCUGAAGAAAAUGUUUUUUUAGAUGAACAGAAAAAGUACGACGAAAACGUUACAAGAAUUAAACCCAUUGAUCAAAUUAUAGAAAGUACUUUCGUAGAUGAAGAUAAAGAAGGCAUUAGUGAUAAAAACGAAGUUAUGGUGAAAGCUACAACUGAGGAUGGCAUAGCUGUUGAAAAGGCAAGUGAGGAUUAUAAAAUUACUGACAAAGUAACUGAGGAUCAAAAAUUUGAUAAGAAAAUAAUGGAUGAUCGUAAAAUUUUUCCAGAAGCAACUACGGAUCAAGAAGUUGAUAGAGAAAUAGAUAAGGAUCAGAAAAUUGAUGAACAAGCGAGGGAAAUUGAUCAAAUUACUCGAGAAGAAACCUCUGGGGACCCCAAAAUUAUCGAAGAAGCAAGGAAAGAUAAAAAAAUGGAUAAAGAAGUAACUGAGGGUCAGAAAGUUGAUAAAGAAACCACUAAGUUUACAAAAAUGGAUACAGAAACGAAAGAGGAUGAUAAAAUUCUUGAUAAGACACCAGCGGACCAUAAAAUUAUUGGAGUUACUGGAGACAAAAAGACUUCUAAAGAAACAACUGACCUUGAAAUUGCUGAAACAGUAAUUCCAGAUAAUAAAAUUGUUAUAGAAACAACUGAAGAUCGGAAAAUUGAUGAAAAAGCAGCAGAGGGGUAUAAAAUUUCCAAAGAACCUACUAUGGACAAAGAAAUGACGAAAUCGACAACUACAGAUUAUAAAAUUGGUAAAGAAACAAGGGAUGAUGACAAUAUUGGUGGAGAACCAACUGCAGAUCAGAAAAUUGGUAAAGAAACAAAGGACGAUGAUGACAAUAUUGGUGGAAAACCAACUGCAGAUCAGAAAAUUGGUAAAGAAACAAAGGACGAUGAUGACAUUGCUGGAGAACCAACUACAGAUCAGAAAAUUGGUAAAGAAACAAAGGACAAUGAUGGCAUCGCUGGAGAAUCAAUUGCAGAUCAGAAAAUUGGUAAAGAAAUAAAGGACGAUGAUGACAUUGCUAGAGAACCAACUGCGGAUCAGAAAAUUGGUAAAGAAACAAAGGACGAUGAUGACAAUAUUGGUGGAGAACCAACUGCAGAUCAGAAAAUUGGUAAAGAAACAAAGGACGAUGAUGACAUUGCUGGAGAACCACCCGCAGAUCAGAAAAUUAUAGAAACUGUUGAGAAACAAGACACUGUUAAAGAAGAAACUAAACAUUAUGAAACUGUUGAAAAAGCAACCGAGGGCUUCAAAAUUACUGAACCAGAAGCUACAUAUCAUAAAAUGGUUGAAAAGACAACUGAGGAUCACACAAGUGUUGGCGAUCUCGGAAUUUUAACAGAAGCUAUCGUUGAUUUCAUUGGUAAAGAGAAAACGUCCGAUGAGGAGAAAAAAAUUUCAAUGGAAAUCGAUAAGGACAAAGUUAGUGAGAAAGAAGCUAUUUUUUUAGACAAAGGAAAGGUGCCUGGUGAGCAAGCAGGAACUACAGAUCUUAAAUCGGAUGAUCAGCAAAUAGACAAAGAAGUUAGUCUAAAUGGAAAAGAAGAAAUCGUACAUAUUACGUCUGAUAAUGAAAAUGAAAAGAGAAAAAGUAGUUCUCCCAAAGAAAAGGAAACCUGUGCAAAAAAAGAUGUUACGAAAGAACCAGUUACUAGCGACGAUCACAAAAUUAGUGAGAGAGAUGUUUCUAUUGAUACGAAGGAGGAAACACUUGUUGAAGAAGAAAAGGAAACUGUGAAAAGUGAAGAAACCAAAGAACAAGCAAGUAUUAUCGACGAUAAAGAAAAGGAAAAAUAUCACGAUAAAGAAGAAAAAAUAACUAUAGACACUGUAAAAAUUGACGACCAUCCGGUCGAAGAAAAAGAAAUUGAUAAAGGAAUGCAAAAAAUAGACGAUUCCAAAGCUUCUGAGAAAGAGAGUACAGAAACAGAAGAAACUGAUGACAGUCAAAUUCCUGUCGAGGGAAUUGUCCCAAAAAUUUCAGAAAUUAAACAGCAAAUUACAAUCGAAAAAAAGGAUGAUAUAUCAACGAUUCAAGAUUAUCAAAUCGAUAAAGAAGUCAUUCCCAUGAAGAUACCUGAUGACACCACUGAAGAAAAAGAUGAUUCGUUAGAAAGAACAAUCACUAAGAAAGAAGGUAGUGAAACAACAAAGGAUUCAACGGAAGUGUCUACUUCGAUCGAUGGUGAUAUGAAAAAAGAAAGUCCAAUGGAGACAUCAGCUGUUGAUGAUCCCACUGAUAAAACAGAUGGUGUCUUCGACACAUUAACGAAUGGCAAAGGAUCGGUAAUUCCGAGUAGCGAAAAAGAAAUUGCAACUAUCGAACAAUCAUCUACAAACGAUAGAAUUAUCGAGAAAGAAGUUGCUUCGUUAUCUUUCGACAACAGAGAAGAGAAAGAAAAGAAUGAAGCCCAAAUUUCGAGUAUUAGUAAAUCUCCGACUCCUCGAAUAGAUGGCGAGUCUGGGGCACUUGUUGAACCACCAGUAGAUGACAAACAAACGAAAGAAGACGUGGGGAAAGAUAAAAUUAUUGAUCUCUCCGAUGAUGACAAAAUAAUAUCAACUUCAAAGGAUGCGGCAAAAAAGGUUGAGCAAAUUAAUGUUCUUGAAGAAGCAAGGGAAGAAGAAUCCGACGAAAAGAUAAAAAUCGAUGACUCCUCGAGAGACGAAGCGACAAAAUUAGUGGCAGAAGAAUCUGUCGAGAAAUCAGAAAUUAGUAAACCUUUAAAGGACGAGCCAGCAACACCGGCGAAAGAAAAACAAGACACCGCCAAGGAGUUAUUCGAAAAAACGCACGAAGUGAGCAAGGAACCUGAGAAACUUUCGGAUAAUGAAACAGCAGAUAGCAAACUAGCACGAACUACUGAGAAGGUGGAGCAAUUGCACGAACCGUCAGGUAAAGUGAGCAGUAGUUUUCAGGAAAUCGAAUUGGUUGAAACUUCCCCGCAGAUGUACGAGACGACAGAGAAAGAAAAGUUUGCGUUUGAUUCCACUAUACGGAAAGCUUCAACAGAUUCCGGGAAAAUAUCCGAAUCCGAAGAGCAGUUGAAGUCAGAGAGCGAGCAAACUGAAUUACAGGAAGUAGAACAAUUUGUUGAGGAACAAACUUUUACCGCGGAGGAAGCCGACAUUCAGAGGGAGGCAUUUCCGGAGGAACAGUCAAAUAUGAGAUUUAAUGUAGCUACGAUUGUCCCCAAUGGCGAAUCAGAUAAGCAAGAUCUAACGAAGCCGAAAAUGGAUAAAACUUUGCCUCUAGAGGAAGAUAUAGGGCAAGAAGAGAGGCAGGAAGUACCUGUUGAGGGAAAAUUUAUAGACGUAAGCCUUCCACUUUUUACAAGCAUAAUAGAUACGGUGGUUGAUUCUGAAGAUAGUGAUUCAUCGAGUGAUAUUUCCAGGAAGACAACGUUAACUACCAGACCGUAUCAGACACCACGACAUCGCGCUCCACAACUUUCUGAGAAAGAAAUUAGUCAAACGGAGCAGGCAACUGAGCUACAGAACAUGGAAGAUGAGGAACGAGUGACGAUAUCGAUCGAAGAGAUAGAAGAUGAGGACGUAGAAUCUUCGAAGGAAGACAAAAUGUUCGUGGAGUUUGAAGAUACAAGCGAAACAGAAGAAGAUAAAGAAACUGUAUUAAGGGAAAGGACUAUGGAUAUACAAACGCAUUUUAGUCCGAAGAAAAUAAUCACAGCAACUGACAUAGAAGAUAUGAAGAAAGACGAGCAAACAGAAUCUGGAUGCAGUUUAGAACUGGAUAAAGAAUCUGGAACGAAGGAGUGCGAUACAAAAGCUGAAAAACAAGAUAAAGCUCGUGACAAAGAAUAUUCGACUAGUACGAAACAUGUAAAGGAUACGAAAAUAGAUUCUGACUACGAUAGAAAGCCUGAUAGACAAGAUGAGGUUCGCGAGAAAGAAUCGUCGACUAGUACACAACGUGUAAAAGAUACAGAACUAGAACACGAAAUGAAAGAGGGCGAUGAAAAGGUUGAUAAGCCAGAUGAACCGUCAUUAAUUUCUAAACUUGCAAAAACCGAGACCUUUAAAGUUACCGAUAGAAGAAUGAAAGAGCUGGAAAAGAAAAGAGUAAUUCAACGAGGGAAGAAAAAAAGUUCUUCCGAGGAAUCUUCCGAGGAGAAAGCGACUCAUUUUCACGAUGUAACGAGUCACGGUGGGUAUCGGACACGUAGAAAGCUCCCGGAAGAACAAUUGAAGCAAAAAGAUAGCGAUCAAACGAAACAAUCAAGGAAACGAGAUGAGGAGUCACGGCGAAAGCAAUCUCUGUCGAAAUUGAAAGCCGAAAAGGACAAAAAAUCAUCCAGUAGCAGCGAGAAAUAUCCAACUCCACCGAAAACUGGAGAAAUCGAUACGAGUAAGACACGACCGAAAUACAUGGCCUGGUACAAAAAGAAUCGAGAAGAAAUGGAAAAGAAACGAGCCGAAUUAAUGGCUACGGACGACGAGGAGCAACUUCCUCGAUGGUUACGAAGGAGUAUGAAAAAUCAAAAAGCUGAGAAGGAAGGUAAAAAGUUAUCGAGCCAUAAAACUGCUGACACGACUCCACGGACGAGACGCAAAGUGAAACCUUUGGUAAACGUCGAGUCUGAACAAUUGAAAGCCAUCGUUCGUCAAGGAAGAAAAUUAAGGAGAGCCGAAGGGGGAAAAAACGAAGAUCCACCGGUUCAAAUAUUCGCAGCAACGCCACCCUCGGUAUCGCAAGAUCCUAAAUAUCAUUUGCUACAACAUUCUGAAUACAAAUACGAAAAGAUAUCUGCGCCAUUUUACCUUCAUCCUCCACCUGCUCCUCAUCCCUCGCCGCAACUGUCACCACAACAUUUUGAUAUUCCACCUACGAUGGAACAAGCGUGUACCGGUGAAGAUUUCGAUUCUGGAAUAGCAAUAUCGUUGCAGGGUGGCAACAGGUUGCGACACCAACAAUUAUUAGAAAAGAAAAGUGUAUUUGAUAUCGCUUACAGCGAAGCUGCCCCUUCUCAACUUCGUUCUGAUAGUACUACACCUCCGUCUUAAAUUAAUAAUAAUUUGAGAAUCUUUUGUCUUUGUAGAAAACUAUCCUUCUCCGUCAUUUAACGAUUUUGAAAAUAUUUAUUCAGGACGGAUACAUUGUUAAACAUUUUUUGAAUAUUUUACGCGACAAUUAACUUUAUACAAUUAAUCAGUUGUUACAGUUUAACAAGUGUACAGGACGAGGCGAGGACAGAUUUAAAUCUAUUAUUAUCGAGCUCUUAAAUGUUAUGAAUCGUAAAAGAAAAAGGAAAAAGACACAAACUAAACUAAAAAUGACUAAAUUACGCACAAAAAAUGCAGGGUUAAUUAUAACAUAAAGUAGAUUUCAAAAAUUGUCACGUUUUAGAAUUUACACUUUGAUAAAGAAUAAUAUGAAACCAAUAUGAGAUUUGAAAAUGCAUUUAAUCAUAAAAUUUGAAAAAACGUUCAAUUUCGAUCAAGAGUGAUAAGUAUCUAUACAUAGUAUUUACCAUAAAAAUAACAUUGAAAGGAAUCUGAUAGAGUUUAAUGCAUUUUACAUAUGUAUAUGUACAAAUUUUAUCAAUAUUCAUUAUGAAAUAAAAAUAUUUAAUAAUAUAAGUAAUUUUAUCUGAAAGAAAUCUAUAAAAUCUAAUAUAAAGAAGCAAACAGAACUAUUCACUAAAAAUUUUAAAAUAUAUUGUAUAGUGCUCACAAC